AAAAAGUCUACGUCUGAAAACAUAACAAAGGACACACACAUAGACUAGCACUAGCUCCCUCCCUCUCUCUCUUCCUGUACAGACUACAGAGAGAGUGUGUACAGAGAGAAAGCAAGCAGAGCCAAAAGAAAAGAUUGGCAUUUGAGAAAUGAGGAAGGCAAAAACCUCUUGUCAUUGUUAGGGUUUUCUUAGAACUGAAAAAUAUUGAACAUAUAUAAAUCUAUAUAUAAUAUAUAUAAAUAUAAAUGAAAGAAACCCAGAAACCCUGAAAGAGCUAAUCUCUUUAAAGAAAAUAACACAAAUAAAAAAGAGUUAGCAUCCAAAUGCAGGUACCCAAUUUGAAAUAUAGGAUCCGAUUUACCCAUUUAAGAUCUCACUGAUUGGUCUUUCAGAAUUUGCGUUGUGGGUUGGCGUAUUUUUUUGGACUGAAGUUCUGCUUUUGCUGAGACUAAAUUAAUCAAGGCUUGACAACAUUCAGUUAUAUGAGGAAGUUGGAGCAUAGAGAACUAUUUUAAAUAUAUUGGCGAGAAAAUGAAAUCCAAUACACUUCUCGACUAUGCUGUAUUUGAACUGUCACCAAAUCUGACGCGAUGUGAUCUGUUUGUUUCGAGCAAUGGAAACACAGAGAAGCUAGCGUCCGGGUCAGUAAAGCCAUUUUUAUCUCAUUUGAAGUUUGCAGAAGAACAAGCUUCACAGGCAGUUCAGUCAAUUAAACUAGAGUUUGACGGAUGUAGAAAUGCUGAGACUUGGUUCACGAAAGGAACACUUGAGAGGUUUGUGCAUUUUGUCAGUGCACCUGAGGUUUUAGAGAUGGUCAAUACAUUUGAUGCAGAGAUGUCUCAGUUAGAAGCAGCACGGAAAAUAUAUUCUCAGGAUCCUUUGACUCAGGGUUCUAGAGAUCAACUUUCCGGUGCUUUAGGUGGGGAUGGAACAGGAACCACAGCAGGAGCUGAUGCAACAAAGAAGGAGCUUUUAAGAGCGAUUGAUGUGAGGCUAGCUGCUGUUAGGGAGGAUUUAGCCACAGCCUAUGCUCGUGCAUCAGCUACUGGAUUCAACCUUGACACUGUUCGAGACCUCCAGCACUUUGCAGAUCGCUUUGGUGCUCGUCGCUUGAAUGAGGCUUGUACCAAAUUUAUGCUACUGUGCCUCAGAAGACCAGACCUGAUCAAUCCAUGGAAGCCAAGUGUGGAGGAUCAAGUGGUCCGAUCCUCGUGGGGAUCUGACAUGUCAAUUGAUGACCCCACUGAAGAUGAAAGUGGGUCCUACAUGAACAGGCCCCACCAAAACCCAUUCCAAAAUAAACACCAACAGCAGCAAGCUGGAAAAGAAAUACAACAGCUAGAUAAGACACAAACCCAACACCCUGAUCAAUCCAAGCCCACCACUUGUCAACAGCCCGAUUCCUCUCGGGCUGCACAGCAACAAACUUUUCAAAACGAGAAAAAGGAAGAAGAAAAGAAGAAAGAGGAGGCUGGGAAUGAGUCAUCAACAAGUCAACCAAGCCACCCUUCUAGGAGACUCAGUGUUCAGGACAGAAUCAACCUAUUUGAGAAUAAGCAGAAGGAGAGCUCAGGUGAAAAACCUGUAGCUGUGGGGAAAUCUGCAGAGCUGAGGAGACUAUCAUCUGACGUGUCGUCAGCAUCUGCAAUUGAAAAGGCUGUAUUGAAGAGAUGGAGUGGUGCAAGUGAUAUGAGCAUUGACUUGGGCAAUGAUAAGAAGGACGAUGGCAAUAUAGACAGCCCCUUGUGUACACCCUCUUCAUCCUUUGUAUCUGGAACCAAAAGUAAUGUGUUUCCUGUCUCAUCAGAUGAUGAUAAGGACCAGAAGGGUUUUAAUGAUACAGCAAGUGCAGCAAAUCUAGUAAAGUUGGAAACUAGGAGUGUUUCUAGGUUGAAAGAUCAGGGUGAGUUGCAAACUCAUGGUGGUGGAAUUGUGGGGAAGGAUGAGGAGGUGAAUUUGAAGGGGAAUUUGAAAGAUCAAGUAGUGUCUCUGGCUGAGUUAAGGUCAUCUGCAGGUAGAGGAGAGGAGACUGGGGUGGGUGAUCAGGUGGUUAGGGAGGAUAAGUUGACGGGUACUUCGGACAGGGAAGAGAAGACUGGUGGAGUUGAAGCUCAACUGAGUUUUCAGGAGAAGUCGAGAGGUUUUCCAAAUACGGUGAAGACUGUUGCAGAGAAAAACCAGGCUAGUCUGCAGACCCAGAUUGGAAAUUUUGCAGGCAGGGUUGGGGAUGUGAAAUUUGGGAACAGAAUUGAUGACAUUGAAGUAAGGGAUCCGCCACUAAGUCAGUCAAGGUCUAGGAUUUCUCAGACACAUACUCUAUCUCUUUCAGGACAGUUUGAAGGUGGUUUUGGAGUAAAGGGUAAGGAAUUGCCAACUAAAGGGACUGACUUUGAUCUGUCAGCUUCUCAGACACCGUGGAAAUUGUUUAAGGGCGAAGUUGAUCAUGCAAGGAAGGAGAAUACUGAACAGAUAAAAGAGGAAGAUCUUGAAGUUUCAAGAAUGAAGGUCCACAAACAACCUUCUUCUGGUACAGAACAAUUUAAGAAGCUUCAGGGUAGGAGGGAUGAGAGUAGGGAUGAGAGUGGUUAUAUUCAUGGAAUUAACAAGCUGAGUUUUCCUGGUAAUAAGUUUUCUAAGAGUCAAGAGAGCGUUGUAACUCUGCAAGUACCAUCAGCAGGUCAGGCUCAGAGGGUACGGAAGUCCAAGGGGAAUCAAGAGCUGAAUGAUGAGCUGAAGAUGAAGGCAAAUGAGCUUGAAAAGCUUUUUGCUGAACACAAACUUCGGGUUCCUGGUGAUCAAUCCAGUUCUGUUCGGAGAAGCAAGCCUGCUGAGGUGCAAGCUGAACAGGCAGAAAGUUCGCAGUACCGAAAACCAGUGGCAGUAGAGAUAUCUCCUGUUGAGUUUCAGGAAAAGAAGACAGUGCUUGAACCAGCUGGGAGUUCUAGUGAUCUUGGAAAGUUUAGCACUCCACCAAGGAAGAUAGUAGAUCAUCAGGACCAUGGCAGUUCUCCCAGGCAGAGUUUCUCUGAGCUUAGUUUUUCAGACAAUUCUAGAGGAAAAUUCUAUGAGAGGUACAUGCAGAAAAGAGAUGCAAAACUGAGGGAGGAGUCGGGUACAGAAAGAGUGGAGAAGGAAGCCAAGUUGAAGGCCAUGCAGGAAAGCCUUGAACAGAGUAGAGCUGAGAUGAAGGCAAGAUUUUCUAGCUCUGUGGACAGACAAAAUUCAUUGUCUAGUACUCGCCGACGUGCAGAAAAGCUCAGAUCAUUCAAUUUUCAUUCAAGUGUGAAGAGAGAACAGCAUCCUUGUAAGGUUCUCUUUUUACUACAGCCAGUAGAUUCCAUUCAGAGUGAGGCGGACGAGGAUCUUUCUGAAUUUCCAGAACAGAAUUAUUAUGGAGAAGACAGGUCAUUCAGUGAGGUGUCUUAUGGGGACAUUGCUUCUAGAAGAUCUCAAAACAAAUUCUUCCCAAACAGAUAUUUGUCUUCUCCCAGCCCUCACACCACAUCAGCACCAGUUCCACGGUCAGUGUCCAAAAUUUCCAAUCCAAGUUCUGGGAGGCGUAGAGUACAAUCAGAAAAUCCUCUUGCACAGUCUGUUCCGAACUUCUCUGAUUUCAGAAAAGAGAAUACAAAACCCUUUUCUGGAGUUAGCAAAGCAGCAAAUCGCUCGCAGGUGAGAACCUAUGCCUGCAGCAAGAGUUCCAGUGAAGAGAUACCUCUUGUCAAUGAAGAAAAGAACCGGCGGUCUCAGUCCUUGCGGAAAAGCUCUGCUGGUCCUAUUGAGUUUAAUGAUUUUCCCCCAUUGAACUCAGAUGGUGUUGUGUUAGCACCGUUGAAAUUUGAUCAGCCUGAGCCGAUGCCAUAUGACAAGUUCUCAAAGAAUGUGGAGACAAAGCCUUUCCUCAGGAAGUGUAAUGGAAUAGGUCCUGGUUCUGGAGCCACUGUUGCUACACUGAAAGGUAUGGUGGCACCUGAGUCUUUGAAAACUGAAGAAUUUGAAGAAUCACCCUUUGAGGCAGAAGAAUCAGUCGAUGAGGCAAAGGAGGAAGAAGACGAGGAGCUUGAAACAACAGAGGUUGAAGGUUGUGCUAAUAUGGACAAUGGUAAACUAAGACUAAGCCAGGAUUCAGACAAGAUAGGUAUGUCUGGAUCUGAGAAUGGUGAUUCUCUGAGAUCUAUUUCUCAAAUCGAUCCUUCUUCAGUUUCUGAAUUGGCUGCAUCCGUGCCUUCAACAUUCCAUGCUUUAGGGUCUCUACAGGACUCGCCUGGGGAAAGCCCUGUGUCAUGGAACUCGCGCAUGCAUCAUCCAUUUUCAUAUCCACAUGAGACCUCAGAUAUCGAUGCUUAUGUGGACUCUCCAAUUGGGAGUCCUGCAUCGUGGAAUUCUCACUCCCUGAUCCAAAGAGAGACUGAUGCAGCUCGGAUGAGGAAGAAGUGGGGAAGUGCUCAGAAACCUAUUCUUGUUGCCAAUUCAUUCAAUAAUCAGUCUCGUAAGGAUGUAACAAAAGGGUUCAAACGGUUGUUAAAGUUUGGAAGGAAAAGUCGUGGGGCAGAGAGUUUGGUUGACUGGAUUUCUGCUACAACUUCUGAAGGAGAUGAUGAUACAGAAGAUGGGCGAGAUCCUGCUAAUCGGUCAUCAGAAGAUUUGAGGAAAUCAAGAAUGGGAUUCUCACAUGGUCAUCCUUCAGAUGAUGGCUUAAACGAAAGUGAGUUGUUCAAUGAGCAGGUUCACACUUUAAAUAGCUCCAUACCAGCACCUCCAGAAAACUUCAAAUUGAGGGAUGAUCUCAUGUCCGGAAGCUCAAUUAAAGCACCACGGUCAUUCUUCUCACUGACAUCGUUCAGAAGCAAGGGUAGUGACUCAAAGCUUAGAUAAUCACUUCAAGAGAAAAGCUUGGAGCUACUCUUGGAAUCAUCAUUCAAGUGACAGUGUAAAGGGAUUAUAUAUAGAAUAUGAACGCUUCUUGAAUAUGUUAUAAAUUGUAUUGAACAAAAAUUGCCUAUUGGCAUUCUUGGGAUUUUGGUAGUCUAGGAGCAUUUUUUCUUCUUCCUCAUUCUCCAGCCUUGUGUGAUGUAUAUAUGAGAAAUAGAACUCUUGCUAGAAUCCUAGUUUUUGACAGCUCAAGGAGAGAUGUGAUUAUGCAGAGCAAUAGCUUGUAUACAAUGACUACAUUAUUUUA